CUCUUGUCAAUGUGGUAAUUUCGAUCUUGUUUAGAAAAUAUUGGCUUUAUUUACGACUUUUAUUUACUUAUAUUAUAAUAAAUUAAGCACAUUCCAACCAUUUCAUGUGACCAAAUUUUAAUACCUCAUUGGACAGUAAAAUAUUAGUGCGCGGGAUCUUCAAGUGGCUGCACGGCGAUCGUUUCGGGCAAUGGAGGCGAUGGAUAUACAGGCGGUGGAAUCGAAAUUGAGUGAUGUUACGGUGACCGCGAUACCCAUGACUAGUAAGAACGUGCACAAGGAUGUUGGACACAGUGGGAACAGCCAUGCAACAAUAUCCACGGUACCUGCAGCUUCACCUUCGUCGAUCGGAAAAGAUAAAGAUAACGGUAUGUCAAAAUACAACUCCACUUUUAAACAAGUAUGUUUUAGAACUAAGUUGCAAUGGGAGACGGGAUACAGCGCGGACUCUGUGGAGUGGUGUCCGGUGUCGCCAUACAACAACGUACUCGUCUGCGGCACAUAUCAAUUGGAUAAAAAGGAUGAAGGUCAGCAAGAUAAAAAGCAAACACGUCGCGGUAGAAUAUAUUUAUUUAUCGUCAAUGAGUAUCAUCAGCAAGAGCUAUUUCCCGCGCAAUCGAUUGACACGGCGGGAAUACUGGAUCAGAAAUGGUGUAACCACACUAUUGGAGGUUACCCUAUUUUGGGCGUUGUUACUUCUGAAGGCAAAAUACAAUUAUACAAGCUGUAUGAUACUGAUGGUUUACAAUUAAAGUUAUGGAUAGAAGUAUCCUUCGGUCAAGACGUCCUCGCCCUAUCAUUGGAUUGGUCAAGUAAUAAGACUAGGGUAGAAGAGCCAAUUAUUGUCGUCAGUGACUCCGCGGGACAUGUAAGGGUACUGAAAUUGACAGGAGACAGUUUGAAGGAAUUGUAUGAUCAAAAAUCUCAUGGAUUCGAAGCCUGGGUGGCUGCUUUCAAUUAUUGGAACACAGACGUAUUUUAUAGUGGAGGUGAUGAUUGUAUAUUCAAAGCUUACGAUUUGCGAGCGCCAAACGCAGUAGUAAGCAAUCGUCGGCACGAGGCAGGAGUGACGGCUAUUAGAAGCGACGUUGUCACCGAACAUAGAUUACUGACUGGCAGUUAUGAUGAAAAAGUGCGUUUAUGGGACGCGAGGAAUUUAAAAUGUUGCAUUACUGAUGAAAAUGUAAACGGUGGAGUUUGGCGACUUAAAUGGCAUCCAUACAACAACAGAGUAGUGUUAGCUGCCUGCAUGUAUGGAGGUUUUCGUCUGUUACGUGUUGAUAAAGAAAUAUCAGUGAUAGGUGAAUAUUUAGAGCACGAAAGCAUUGCUUAUGGCGCGGACUGGAAGAUCGAGAAGGAAUCGUUGAUGGUUGCAACUUGUUCCUUCUACGAUUGUAAGUUACAUGUCAGUGAAAUUGUUUUAAAAUAA